AUGGCCCUUUCGAUGCGAAGCCAAGCGUCUCUCCGCCCGUCCUGCGCCUGUCUCUCCGCCCGUCCUGUGCCCGUCUCUCCGCCCGUCCUGCGCCCGUCUCUCCGCCCGUCCUGCGCCCGUCUCUCCGCCCGUCCUGCGCCCGUCUCUCCGCCCGUCCUGCGCCCGUCUCUCCGCCCGUCCUGCGCCCGUCUCUCCGCCCGUCCUGCGCCCGUCUCUCCGCCCGUCCUGUGCCUGUCUCUCCGCCCGUCCUGCGCCCGUCUCUCCGCCCGUCCUGCGCCCGUCUCUCCGCCCGUCCUGCGCCCGUCUCUCCGCCCGUCCUGCGCCCGUCUCUCCGCCCGUCCUGUGCCUGUCUCUCCGCCCGUCCUGCGCCCGUCUCUCCGCCCGUCUCUCCGCCCGUCCUGCGCCCGUCUCUCCGCCCGUCCUGCGCCCGUCUCUCCGCCCGUCCUGCGCCUGUCUCUCCGCCCGUCCUGCGCCCGUCUCUCCGCCCGUCCUGCGCCCGUCUCUCCGCCCGUCCUGCGCCUGUCUCUCCGCCCGUCCUGCGCCUGUCUCUCCGCCCGUCCUGCGCCUGUCUCUCCGCCCGUCCUGCGCCCGUCUCUCCGCCCGCCCUGCGCCUGUCUCUCCGCCCGUCCUAAAUCAGCAGCAGCCGAGCGAGAGAGCGAGCGCCAGGACAGACACAUCGUCCUACGUGAUCGCCUGAUACGAAAAUUUGCCUAA